AUGUUUUGUAAUGCAUGUAAAGUGCUCGAGGAUAAGAAAAGAAUAUACGCGAAUUACUUGGAAGCAUUAGUGAAGAGGAGAUUGUCGAUUAAAAGGCGACGAUCGUUGGAAAUCAAGAAAGGUGGUGUACAUCGCAAUGAGAGGUUGUUAGAAUUGAAGAAUGAGUGGGAACGCAUAGAUGUAUUAUGGAAGAAGGCUGUAGAAACAGGAAAUACACCUGGUACUGUUGUGAAUCAAACUGAGAGUAAUGUUGCACAGCCUGGAGGUAUGCCGGGGAAUGAAGAUGAGAGUGUAGGUAGAUCUGCUAGUGUUGGUACCUCACAACGCGGAGGUGCGGCGGGAGGUGUGGAUACUUCUGUCCCCAUUAAUGAAGUUGAUGAGAGAGCAACUACCUCACAUGUCGUGUCUGACAGUAAUGACGCACACAUUAGUGGAGGUGAAGAUGAGAGUCCAGAAAUUAUCACACACAUCCAGAAUUUUAGAGGUAGGCAUACAGUGAGGAAAUAUAGUGUUCCUUCAACUUAUAACAGAGAGUUAAGAAUGUAUUUACAUGCUUAUAGGGAUUAUUUUAUAGAUCAGAUGCGAGAUAUGUAUGAUAGAUCACCUCUAGCAAUGUCGCUCAGAAUCCACCCGAUUAUAGUUAUAAGGACAUUACGUCAAAACAUAUCGGGUGAUGAACAAAAUGGACAAUUUGUGAUAAAUUUAGCGUUUGAGUUAGUAAGUGAAGAGGAAAUCUCUGAAGUAUUUGAUCGAUGGGUGGGAACGAUAUUAGAAAGAUACGAGACAGAGUUGCAAGAUCAGGAAGGAUCUGGUUGGAUCAUAGAUCAACUCGAAUCUUUCAGUAUCGAAUACGUUAAAGUAGAAUUCAGAGUACAAGUAGGAUCAUAUGUGGCAUAUCCCAAGAAACUGCGAGGGAACCAAUAUGUAUUUAAUCCAGUGAUUAAUGACGGGUUGUGUGUACUGCGUGCUUUUGCUGCCUAUCAAUGUCAUAAAAAGAAUAUGUCAUGGAAAAAUAUUCGCAAAGCAGUUAAUACUAAGAAAAGAUGUCUUAAUCAUGCAAAAUCUUCUAUAGAUGAUUUUCCCAUUACACGUGAUAAGUUAGGUAUAUUAGAGAAGGAAAAAAAAGUGUCAAAAAGUUUAUCAAUUAAAAAAGGAUCAAGGUAG